AUGUUCUCAGCUACGCUACGUCGUACAGUCAAGAUGAGUUCAACAAUCUCUUCGGCCCCUUUCUCAAAGGCCGUCGUCGGCGCAAUGCGUAAACUCUAUCCAGAGGCUCUCGCUGACAAGAGCUGGGACAACACUGGUCUCCUUCUCGAAUCUCCCUUCGAUCCCAUCCGUCGCCAGAUGAACUCGGCCCUCCUCACCAUUGACCUCACCAAAGCCGUCGCCGACGAAGCCAUUGAGCGUGGAGACUCCAUCAUUGUAGCCUACCAUCCCAUCAUCUUCAGAGGUCUCAAGAGUUUAUCCCUGGCUGACACCCAACAACAAACACUGCUACGAUUGGCUGCAGAAGGCAUCAGUGUAUACAGCCCACACACCGCAAUCGAUUGCGCGCCAGGUGGUCUAGGCGACUGGCUGGCCGACAUUGUAUCCGGCACCCCCAUGAGCGCCGAAGAACUAGCAGCCCAAGCAGAAGAAGACCAACAAGAUCAGAAGACCAAAGAGCCAGAAACCCCUUCCAACGAACUCAAACGCCCCACUUUCCAACUUCAACACCAUCCCAGUCAACUCAGCAUUAAAGACCGUACGCUCAAGCUCGGCAAUGACACACAUACCCGUCGUCCAAUCAAGCCAUCCUCAGUGCCCGGCUACCAAAACACCACUGCAGGAAUGGGUCGUAUCGUCCGCUUCUCCACCCCUCAACCCCUGCUAGAAAUUAUCGAUCGCAUUGGCCGCGGUCUCGGCAACCCCAAAGGCUUCCCCAUCGCCAUCCCCCAAGGCAAGCAAAUGGACGAAAUCGACAUUUCGAGCGUCGCCAUCUGUGCCGGUAGUGGAGGUAGUCUCUUCGGCGGUCUAGGCAAGAACGGCGAGGAAGAUGUGGAUUUGCUGUUUACUGGAGAACUGAGCCAUCAUGAGGCUCUGGCUGCGAUUGAGCAGGGUAAAUGUGUUAUCGCUCUGUUCCACUCGAAUACCGAGAGAGGAUUCUUGCAUGGAGUUUUGAAGCCGCAGUUGGAGAAGAGUGUCAAGGAAGAGUGGGAGCGAAUCAGAAAGGAGAAGGAAAAGGCCUCUUCGUCGGCUUUGAGCGAGGAUUACCUCGAGGCACUCGAGGACGACCACAUUGAGAUUCAUGUCAGUGAGGUCGAUCGUGAUCCUUAUGGUAUCAUGAUCUCCAAGGAUGAGAUCUAG